AUGCCUGGGAUGAUCUCCUUUGCUCUGCUGUGGAGCAUGGUAAUGAGUGUUGGACACGUUCACGCCUUCACUCUGAUCCCGGGGCCUCAUUGCCUGAGCAAACGGGGGAGGUGGAGUGAUGGACCGAAGCGCUUCUCCUCUCUCAACAUGAACUUGUUCGGUUCCGAGACCAUCACGACCAAGAAGGGAGACAGAGCGUACAUCGUUGGUGCUGACAUCAAGAGGAAUAGAUACAAGACGUUGGAGUCGUCAUGGGAGGUAGACGAUUCCUUGGAUGAGCUUCAACGAUUGUGCGAGACGGCAGGGCUGGUCGUGUUAGGAAGGGAGUUCCAAUCGAUGCAGAACCCGAGUCCUUCUACAUUCAUCGGGGCAGGAAAGGUUGAGGCUCUCGCCAAGACAGUGAAGACGCUCGAGAUCGACGUGGUUGUGUUCGAUGAUGAGCUCUCCCCUGCGCAAGGCAGGAACAUCCAAACUAUUCUGGGAGAGGACGUUCGGGUUCUUGACAGGACCAUGCUUAUCCUUCAAAUCUUUGCACAGCGAGCAAGGACCAGGGAGGCAAAGCUUCAGGUGCAAGCUGCGCAGAUGAAAUACAUGAUGCCUCGACUGCAAUACUUCAUGACGGAGGGAGCCGGCAUGGAGGCGCGAGGAGGAGGAGGAGGAGGAGGGAAAAACCUCAAGGGCAUGGGUGAAUCGCAGAUUGAAGCAGACAAGCGAUUGUUCCGCAAGCAGGUGGGAGAGGAGGAGGACGAGGCGGAGCUGCAAAACGUGGAGAAAGAGAUGGAAGAAGUCAAGCAGCAGCGGGAGGUGUACAGAACAAAGAGGAGGGAGAGGGAUAAUUUACCCAUCAUAGCCAUCGUUGGAUACACGAAUGCCGGCAAAUCGACGAUGCUCAACAAACUGUGUGGAUCUGAAGAGGUUUAUGCCGACGACCUUCUCUUCGCCACACUUGAUCCGACGACGAGAAAACUCCGCGUCCAGAACAUCAUCGAGGAGCUGAUGUUGGAAGACACUCCGCAGGAGAAGAUCGAAAGCCCAGCAUGGCUUCGCAUCCACGAACGAGUUAUCCCGGAGUGUACAGUAGCGACGUCUGCCAAGUCAGGGGACGGACUGGCUGAGCUGCUGGACAUCGUGGAAGAGGCCCUGCUUCAACUUUCCGUCAUGAUCGAAUGCUUGCUCCCUUACAGUGCUUCUGACCUUCUGGCGGAAAUCCACAAGGUUGGGACGAUCAUCCAAGAAGACUUUCAGGAGUCUGGAACGCGAGUUGUCGCCUACGUCCCUCCUUCACUUAGAAACAAACUUGGUGAGGAAGAAGUUGGGAAACAGGGGAGGAUAGGACAAAACAGAACAGAACAGGGGAGAACAAGGGAGGACAGGACGGGGAUGGACAGGAUAAGUAAGGACAGGACAGGACAGGACAAGUAA